UCACAAAAAAGAUUCAAGGUGGCACCACGAGUGUUCAAAGUGUCAGUGAAAAAUUUUCUUGAUAUUUUCUCGGAAUCCUUUUAGGGCUAAAAUUUGCUCUAUUUGUUGGAUUUAUAGAUAAAAAAGCAUUUUAGAAACCUAGAGAAUUCUUCCAGGAUCAUGGAGAUACUACUGGAUGAGGUGGAAUCGCUAGAGGCGAUUCUCAUGGAAGAUGUUAGCAUCAUAAGAAACCAAGAAAGUGGUUUUCCGGAGCUGAUAGAAACCACGGUGUUUCCCACAGUGGGCGGAGAUGUGGAUCGGCAGUACGUCUGCGUGACACUGCAGGUGAUGCCUCAAUUGGGCUAUCCGGAUGUCAAGCCUCAGUUUAAGCUGCGGAAUCCGCGUGGAUUGUCCGACAGCAGCAUCAAUGCAAUCGAGGAGGCUAUGCGAAAAAAAUUGGAGGAGUGUAUUGGUCAGGCUGUGGUGUUUGAUUUAAUUGAAAUUGUCCGGGAACAUCUGACAGACAGCAAUCUGCCUUCGGGGCAAUGUGUUGUGUGCCUGUAUGGUUUCCAGGAGGGUGAUGAAUUCACAAAGACCGUGUGCUAUCACUAUCUGCACAGCUACUGCCUAGCACGGCACUUGAAUGCGUCCAGACGGAAUUACCAGGAAGAGUACGAUAAGCUUCCGGGGUGGCAGAAGAAGCAAGCAAAGCCAUAUCAGGCCACUUGUCCUGUUUGUCGUGAGUCAAUUAGUGACGAGGUGGAGCCACUGGAUUGUGCCCAGCCCCCCGUCGAGCUGGAGAACGCCCCAAACUUUCAGCUUACGGAAGAGAUAAGGGAUCUUCAGGCCAAGAUGGCCGAUCUGUUCCUGCGCCAAAAGAUCCGCGGUGGAAUUAUCGAUGUGGACGCCGAUGAAGGCAAUGUUAUCUCCAUUGACAAUGAUGAGGAUACCCCGGAUGGUCAGAAAGCCUCAGAUACGAGUCCCGAUGAGCCACCACCAGAAAAUCUCCCACAAACUCCCACUCGCAGGGGUGGUGGUUAUCCCCAUCAGCGUGGUAUCACCCGAAGCAGUCAGCAACGGACGCAUCAUGCUGGAAAUCACAAUCACAGCUAUAGGCGCAAUCACAGGAAUCGUCGUUCAGGACCUGGCAGAGAUCAACCCUGUGGGUCUCAUCCUAGAUGACAUUGGCUCACGAUACUCAUCCCUGGGGGAUUCAUUUAGCCACAAAAAUUUACCCCUGUCUAUCUGGAAUAUUUCCCUUAAGAGUUCGUCGACCCGCUCCCCCCCCCCAUCAAAGUCUUUUCUUAAAUACCAUCUUCUCUGAAAAAAAAAUGUGUGUCCUCCAGGAUUGUGAUAAUGGUGACAAGUGCAAGGACAUCAUCAAAGCGAGGUGAAUCCCUUCUGAAUUUUUCUUUCAGCUCAAGAUUAUAGGAAUCCCUAUUUAAUUUCUCAAAAAAAUUAAUAUGCUCUCGGAUUAUACUCAAUUUAUCUCUCUCUAGAUAUUCUAGAUAGACAAUUUAAAUGAGAAUUAAAUAUACAUUCCUAGUCAAAAUAAUGUACAUUAAUCACUGAUGACUCAGAGACGACCAUUUACAAAAAUGUUACUGUAUAUGUUUAUUUUUUUUCUGAAAUAUUUAUUUUUGUGAA